AUGAUAAAGUGCCAGCUGUGUGACAAGACCUGCAAGACGGCGGUCCAGCUGAAAUGUCACAUGGCCGUGCACUCGGAGGAAAGGCCGUUCAGCUGUGCAACGUGCGGGAAGGAGUUCAAGAGUAAAGACACCCUGCGCUUCCAUCAGAUGGUUCACUCUAAUGCCAAAAAAUACAAAUGCACAAUGUGCGACGAAACUUUCAAAUACGCCCACUCCCUGACCGUGCACAAGAGGAAACACACCGGCGUCACUCCGUUCAUAUGCGCCGUGUGCAACCGCUCAUACAGGACCGGCACUGCCCUGAAGAGACACAGCAUAGUCCACACCGGGGAGAAACCGUUCACCUGUCACAUAUGUGGGGCGAGAUUCAGCCUCAACAACAACCUCAAGAGGCACAUUCGCAUUCACACCGGAGAGAAGCCGUUCACCUGCCAGGAGUGCGGCAAGAGCUUCUCCGACAACACCAAGCUCAAGUCCCACAUGCUCAUCCACGGCGCUGCUGAUUCAUCAGAGGUACGUGCAUGCCGACAGAGAAACGAGGCAACGGACGGCACGCAAACAUUCGCCCAGACUAGGAGGCGAAACAAGUCGGUGGUGAAACCGUUCAGCUGCAAAAUCUGUCUGAGAGGUUUCAGUGCGGCGUGUUCCCUCAAACUUCACGAAAAAGGCCACAGUGAGCCCAAAGAGUUCAGCUGCACCAUAUGUGGCAAGUCUUUCCACAACAAGUACUCUUUCAGCUACCACCAGAGGAGCCACUCAGGGGAGAAACCCUUUGUUUGCGACGUGUGCGGAAAGAGAUUUUUCCAUGCCGGCAGUCUGAAGCAGCACGAGCGGAUUCACACGGGCGAAAAACCGUACAAAUGCGACCAGUGCGACAAAGCGUUCAGAACCGACGGAAACUUUUACAGACACCUGCGGAUCCCACACGGGUGAGAAGCCGUUUGAGUGUGUGUACUGUCCCAGGAAGUUCCACCAGUCCAACCAGCUCAAGUCCCACAUGCAGGUCCACACAGGGGAGAAGCUGUACUCGUGCCCGCAGUGUGGCCGUGGUUUCUCUGACUCCAGGCAGCUGAAGAAGCACAGCUGUGACGGGCCGUAGCCAAUGAGAUGCUGAGGUGUGUUUGAACUUCAUCGGAUGAAGUCAUAUAUGAGGCAGCAGUUUGUUGUGCUGAGGGAAACAAAAUGACUUGUGUGGCUCAGUGCCUUUGUGCUGGAAACAUUGUUUUACAAAAAGAACUUCAUGGGUUUCACCUUUAUAGUUUGUUGUUGAGAGCUGUUUAACCCUUUGAAACCUGAGUAAAUUGGCUUGAUUCCUUUCAAAAACAUGUGAAGAAGGUGAUGGGA